AUCUCUUCAUCUCUAAAUUCUUUGUUUACUGUGUUUCUCUAUAUAUUGCCCAGACACUGUGUUUACCUUUCUCUUUUUUUGGCAAUUGAAGAGACAGGGUUAGAGGGAGAGUGGCUUAGUUUUAAUAUUGGGAUUUCUGUGAGGAAUUCAUUGAAGGAGGAAACGCAGAAGAUUUAUGUCGUCUGGUUUUUAUCAUUUGGAAGUAGUGAUUGGAGCUCUGUUGCAGCUCUGGUUUGUUUAUGCUUUUGCUUGCUGCAUGCUUCUGUCUCUGGUGUUGAAUACAGCCGUUUCGAUGAGUUUGAGGCCCAAACGGACUAGUUACGGAGUUGUGGUUUGCUACGGAGGCUUUCAAAUAAAAAAAUUUGCUGAUUUCUUCCUCCUUCUGAGAGUGGAUCUCACUUGAUAUUCUUGUAAUUCUGAGCGUUAUUUUUUAUUUAAAAAAAAAAAUUGGUUUUGUUUUGUUUUUGUUUUCUUAAUUUUCUGGGUAUUUUGAGGGGUUUUGUGGGUUUUAACCCAGUUUUCACCAUGCUGGAGCCUCUCAAUCAAUCAACUAAAAAGUUGAAGAAGCUCAAGCACAAGUGUAAUCCAUGUCAUGAAUCCAAGAUGAUAAGAAAAUUGCGCAUCAUUUGGGAAGAUCCUGAUGCCACUGACCCUUCAUCAGAUGAAGAUGAGGGCGUUGAGAACAGCAAGAAGAUGAAGAGAACCGUGCGUGAGCUUCCUCUUCCACUUGUUUCAGUUGACACUGUCACUGCACAUGAGGCUAGUGCUGAGAGCUCAAGCAAUGAUGGGUUGAACAAGAUAGCCAAAACCCCAUCAAUGAAGAGGCAAUCUUGUGGCAAAUACAAAGGUGUUAGAAUGAGAAAAUGGGGCAAAUGGGCUGCAGAGAUUCGUGACCCUUUCAGAGGUGCACGUCUCUGGUUGGGCACUUUCAACACUGCAGAAGAGGCUUCCCAAGCCUAUGAGACCAAAAGGCUUGAAUUUGAAGCCAUGGCCAAGGCUUUAUCUGAUGUGAAGAGCAACAAGAAUAGCAACCACAAUGAUGUUGUUUCUGUUGAAAACAUGGAUGCCCAAGAAAAGAACAACACUUCCGACUAUUGUGUUUCUUCUGGUGCAGCUUCUGUUUCAGACUCCAAGUCUGUUACUUUGGAUGACUCAGAGAGUGGUGUAUUGUCACAUACAUCACCAUAUUCUGAGCGGGAAUUGGAGGCCUCUGCUUCCAAUUUGAUUCGCGGUGCCAAGAUACUGAGCAAUGAAGUUGUUGAGACCAGUGAUCUGGUGGCUGAAUUUGCAGAGCUGGAAAUACCCGAUUUGAGUGUGUUGAAUGUGCCAUCACCAUCUGCUGAUUGGUUGGUGUUUGACGGUUUUGAGCAGAGCUAUGAUGAUGAUCUUGGUGGCUUGGAGGACAUUCAGAUUUGUGGUUUUGAUGACAAUGGGCAUAGUGAGCUUCCUGAUUUCGAUUUUGAUGACUUUGGUGCUGAUGAGUUUGCUGGUUGGAUUGAAGAACCCCUCAAUAUACCAUGCGUAUAAAUUUUGCAGCUGUAGAGGAAUGAGCUAUCCUAGAGAGUCCUACUAGUACUACUAUUAUUACUACAUUAUAAGUUUUGGGCUAUUGUUUAGAAGUGCUAUAGCAGUGAGAUCUCAGGACAAAACUAGUUCCUGAGAGAGUUGUUUUUGUAAGUUGAGUUUUAAUUUAUUUGUUUCUUGAGGGAGAUGUAUGUAGGAUCAAUGUGAGGUAAAAGGUGGAAUGCCUUGGGUUUUCUUGUGCUACUGGAGCCGUCCAAGGGUUCUCCAAAAUACUAUUAUCCAUGAAAGUUGUUCUGUGGCAGAGUGUAGAAGACUGUCUACCCAUAAAAAAUGCUUUGAUUGCAAAUAUGUGUGAACUUGUUUUUUUUCCGUGUUGGACGAUUUGCAUUAACCAUUUUUUAUCCCUUUCUCUUUUGUGGAAUCUUUUGGCUUUCUUUGAAAAAAGUUGUUCCUCCCUACUUUUUU